AUGUCUCGACCUGGGGUGGAAAUACACUGGCAUGCCGGAGAGCAUGAAAUCCAUAAUUUUCUUCGCAUACCACAACGUGAUAAUCCUACCUAUCCGGGAUUGGGACCGCAUUACUACAAACGUAUCAUAGACUCUCCUCUCGUUGCUUUCGGGACGCUUGACCAACAAGGGAGGCCGUGGACAACCAUCUGGGGAGGUGAAGCUGGAUUUUGUCGGCCAAUUGCACAGGGGUUCAUUGGGACCAAUACGGAGGCUGACGCUCGAUUUGAUCCUGUGUUCCAAGAACUAUUCGCAGCUACAGACGAUGAAUCCUUGGAUAGAAAGAUCGUGGAUGAGAGAGUCAUCAAGCCAGAAGGAGGCAAGCCAAUGGCAGCACUGACGAUUGAUCUCGAGACCCGCGACCGCGUGAAACUCUCCGGUCGCUUCGUCGCCGGCGCCGUGACCAGCAGGACAGAUGCUGGAUUGGGCGCAUUCCAGAUGGCGCUUCAGGUCGAGGAGUCCUUGGGUAACUGCCCGAAAUAUCUAAACAAGAAACACAUCACGCCACAUUCGCCGCGCCCUGUGCUUCUCAGUGAGGGAUCCGGUCUCCCCUUGCCUCUAGAGGCUGUUGAUCUAUUGGCCCAGGCGGAUCUGUUCUUCAUCUCGUCGAAACACGGCGAUGAAAACAUGGAUGUGAACCAUCGCGGCGGCCCCCCGGGCUUCAUGCGGCUGUUCCGUAACAGUGCGAAUGAAGUAACGCUCGUUUAUCCAGAGUAUUCAGGAAAUCGGCUCUACCAAACAUUGGGAAACCUCCAGAAGGACCCAGUGGCCGGGAUUGUCGUGCCUGAUUUCCAGACCGGCAACGUGCUCUACUUGACGGGACGGACAACGACACUUUUUGGCGACAAGGCGGCGGCCUACCUUCCCCGCACCAAACUCGCCGUCAAGAUCGAGAUUGACGAGGCCCGGUUCGUCCAGGAUGGUCUGCCGUUUCGCGGGGACGUGAUUGAUUACUCGCCAUACAACCCACCGGUGCGCCGACUGCUGACGGAGCAGGACCCGGUCGGCGCCGGCGACGCAGGAUCCGAUGCCAUGGCAACGGCGACGCUGAAGAGCAGGGACCUAAUCACGCCCACGAUUGCCCGCUUUGUGUUUAAGCUACAUAUGAACUCGGCGGCUCCAUCAAAUGGUACUAGUGGUAUAAAGGAAGAAGGAAAACAACAAUGGUGGCUGCCAGGACAGCACGUCACUCUUGACUUUGGGCCGGAGCUCGACCGCGGGUGGUCCCAUAUGAAUGACGGAGAUCCCCAGAGUCUCAAUGAUGACUUUGUGCGAACCUUUACAGUAAGCGCUCCCCACAGCGGGAAUGACAAGGACCCGGAAAUGCAGAUCACGGCCCGUAAACACGGACCGGCCACCGGUCUACUAUGGAGAUGGAACUUGCGCGUGCCGCUGGAAUUGCCAGUCCUUGGGUUUGGUGGCGGCGAGGGUUUCAGACUGCCGAUCGAGGUCAUCCAAAACGCCGGGGCCAAUGACGAUGCCGCGGCAACUCAAAGCAUAUUUGUCGCCGGCGGCGUCGGCAUCACACCGCUCAUGGCCCAGGCCAAAGCGGUUCUCCAAUCUGGUGUUGGCGACCUACGGGUCAUUUGGAGUCUCCGGGCCGAGGACCUACCACUUGCGAUCCGUGUGUUUGAAGAGAUUGAGGGACUCGGGCCUGCCACGACACUCUUUGUAACCGGGACGGCGACGACGGAGGAGACUCGCGGUUGGGCCGAUACCUUGAAGGGCGCCGGGGCUGUAGUUGUACAACGCCGGCUCAGUGCCGAGGAUCUGCUUGGAGUGGGCGAGAAGGGGAGGCGGACUUAUUACUGCUGCACGGGGACGGCGCUCAUGACGAAUCUGUCGUCGUGGCUCAAAGGGGAGAAGAUGGUGUAUGAGAGUUUCAACUAUUGA